AAGAAAGAGAAAUUUCGGACCGAGAAAGUUUAUCCGAAGAAACUAUUGGGCCCGAGAGUUUAGCGUCUAACCAAAACACUCAAAUUUAUUUUACCCAAAUAAUUGCUCGCAUUCGCACCGGAACUAUUACUGACCCCGAAGAAGCGGUAGUUUUGAAAACUCCCACCCAGCGAAAAACGCGAGAAGUUGAUCUAAUCAAUUUAGCGACCCAAAUUAAAUCGGAUCUGACUCCCGAGCAGAAGGAAGCGCUGUUAGAGCAAAUGCAGCAACUGAACCAAAAGAACGUCAAAUUUACUCGCACCUACCAAGCUAAGGGCCGAAAAGAAAUUCAGGAACUUAUAGAUGAGUUGGAACAAGAACUAGAAAGGUUGGAAUCAGGAAAUGAAAAAAUUUUUCCCAUCAAAAAUUUUUUACUAGAAAAAAGUUUAUUAGUCCAAUUCGAAGCCAAGGAAGCCAGCGGAAAGGAACUAACUAAAGCCGAACAGGCCCGCGAAAGACGGAUUUUCCAAUCGCGAGAGAAAGCUUUUGCUAAUAUCCAAAAAGAAUUAGCCAAGUAUUACGAAACAGUAACUAAUGGUAAUUAUCGUUUUGCUGGGAUGCCAAAAAUCCGCAAAGGUAUUCGCGGCUGA